AUGGCUUCGACCAAGGAGUCAACGAAGCCAACCUUCAACUUUGCGUCCAUUAAGCAUGCGAGGGUGGAGCCAAGCAAUUUCUCAUUGGACGUCAUCCCACUUGAGGUGGGGGCACCUGGCCCACUCCCGAACUUCGGUACGAUCAUGAUCCUUGGGAAGAAGUACAUGGUUCGCAAGCUGCUCGGCCACAAGCAUUGGCCAACAGCUAAGUCACAAGAACACUUCCAUCGAGAGCAACCUGCUGCAAAGGAGGGUCAUUCAAAUGGCCAUUCCAACAGCCACAGGCGGCUAAAGUAUGCCCAGAACAAAGACAACACUUACGGGGAUGAUGAACUGCACCGUGUUUUCAUCAGUGCAACUUGGAUUGGCAAUGCAAUUCAGCGAGGGGCACGGGAAACAUUGAAGCAGCUUUCUGGAGUGCCGAUCAAAUUCGGAGUGGAGAGUGCGCUUCUCCGACAGAUAGGUUUGCCUUUCCAAGCUUACAAGGAGGCAAUCAAGGAGCGCCUGAUGCUUCAGCACCAAGUGUUUCAGGCUUUGCUCAUGUUUGCAUGGUUUGCGCCCUUGAGUGUGAUUGAUGGCCAGGGCGGUAUCCAGGAAGCCCUCAAUGGAAAGUGGCUCUUCUACAGUGGCGGCGCUGUGGAUCCGACCUGCCCGAAGUGGCUAGCCCUCACCACGCCCAUCACUGCAAGCCUCACUCAGAUCAACUAUUUGCAGCUGCCGGAGUAUGCUGAGCAGGUGUACCUGGAUGGGCUUCCAAUGUGGGCUUUGAGCUGGCACAAGACGUGUGAUCCCAAUGCGCACUGGACAUACGAUGACGUUCACUGCGGUAAGCGUGGACUCUUUGCCACAACUGUGGUCAAGUCAGGGCGACCUCCAGUGUCCUGGCUUUCUCGUGCUGUAAAAGCGCUGACGAUCAGACGUAUUUUAGGUUGGGAUGUGAUGUACCCCACCUGCAAGGAAGGAACUCGGCAGUCGCCCAUCAACAUUUUGACAGAUCAAGUCGAGAAGGUGGGAAACAGCGACUUCUUGAGCCGAGUUGACUGGAAGCCUGUGAGCGGCCUGAAGGUCGCGAACAAUGGUCACAGUCUCCAGAUCACCAAUGACAUGUUUGGCUACAUCAGACUCACUGGUGAGGAUGGCUUUCCCGACUUUUACGACAUUGCACAGUUCCAUCUUCACAUGCCUUCAGAGCACUUGAUCGAUGGGCGGCAGUUUUCAGCGGAACUGCAUGUUGUGCACACUCGUCAAGUUGCAGUAGGUCAAGAGAAGAACACAUAUGACUCCUUCCCGCUGGUGGUUCUGGGUUUCAUGUUCGACAUUGGCGAGGAAGAGAGUCCUUUCUUGAAGCAGUUCUAUUUGGGUCAGGAAACGAUUCCCAACAACACUUUCAAGACGACCAAGCAUCCUGUUGAUUUGAUGCGAUCCUUUGGGCCAGCUCUCAACGGAGACUUCUACCGUUAUGACGGCAGCUUCACUACUCCUGAUUGCCACGAACAGAUCAAGUGGUUCGUUUUCGACCACGUCUUCAAAAUGAGCCUGGCACAGUGGGAAACCUUCAAAGUUGAGUUCCCCUUUGCGCACUUCAACCGACCAGUCAACAAGAUCCAAGAGCACCACGUUGUGAAGAAUGACUUCAAGGAAGGCGUUGAAGCGAAGUACGAUUUCUUCCUCGGCCGCAACGUUGGAAGGAACCGCCUCUUGCCAGGUGAGGGCUAUAUCCUGUUCCCGGUUGUUGCUUCACUAGUUGUGAUGGUUUGCAUCAUGCUUGCCGUCUUCGUUCGUGAGGGCCGUAGUAAGCUUGAAAGUGCCGGUGGGCUGACUGAGACAAUUGGCAGAGUGACCUACAACCGAGCUUAA